AUGGCGGUUCUCCGGACUUUCUUCAUUCUCUCCGUAUUUAUCAGCACAGCAGCAAGUGUGGAUGUGGCGGUCUUGCAAAACAUCAUUCAGAGGCCAAUGAAUCGUUUGGAAGGCACGGAAAGCAAUUGCUUGGAUCAUUGGAACAGACAGGUAUUUUUUUGGAUAAUAAUAUUUGUUUUUAUUUAUUUUUUAGUUAUUUUUUUAUUUCUUUAAUUUAUUUCUUGAUUAUUUUUUAUUUCGUUUUUAUUUGUUGUUUAUUUUUUAUUUCGUUUUUAUUGUUUUUUUUUUUAUUUUCAGAUUCCAGGGGAUGGAUUUGCUUGCUCAUCUUUAUUUGCAUUUAGUAGCAUCGAUAAACAGUUGUAAGCAAAUUUUUUUAUUUUUUUUAUUUAUUUUUUUUUUCUUUUUUUUUUUUUUUUUUUUUUUUUUUUUAAUUUUUUCUGCUUUUCUGUGUUUGAUUUUGUCAGGGGUGGCAAACGGGCCUCUUUUUCCAAAUUUCAGGCCCGGGGCCCGGCCCGGCAAAAUCCCAGGCCCGGCCCGGUUCAAAAUUUUGCAGGCCCGGCCCGGUAGAAAUCAGGCCCGGCCCGGUAAAAGCCCGGUUAGGGCGCGAGCUGGAAAUUUUCCUUUGAUCUUACCGCCUCUGUAGUGUGCUAAAAUCUGCUAAGAACUAUCCUAUAUGUAUUAUAUGUUCUAAUUUGGACCUUAUAUUAUAACAUAUAUGCAAAAAAGUACUAUAAAGUAAUAAACUAUUGUAGAACUUGAUAUACUAAAAAUACAAACCUAUCCAAAAAUUUUUCCGGCGCGAAAACAUUGAAUGCCAAACGCUUGGCAUUUCGACAAAACCGGGCCGGGCCGGGCCUGAAAAUGGCUCAGGCCCGCGGCCCGGCCCGGUAAAAAGCAGGCCCGGCACGUUUCAAAAUUUGCCAGGCCCGGCCCGUUUAGGCCCGAUCGGGCCGGGCUUCGCCGGGCCGGCCCGGCCCGGUGGCCACCCCUGGAUUUUGUCCUUUUUUACUCGGUUUAUAUUUUUUUAAAUUAUUUAUUUUUUUUUUGAUAUUUAUUUUGCUUCUUUUUUUAUAAUAUAUGUUUUUUUAUUCUUCUGUAUUUAAUUAUAUCUUUCUUCAAUUUAUUAUUUUAAUUUUUUAGUCGACAUAUUUUUUUCCAGACGGAUUUCCAAUUUCGAUACGAGCCCAGAAGAGUUUGCGAGCGAGCUGCCUUCGAAUUUGGGGCCUGAAAUGUUGAAACGGAUAAAAGGGUUUGAUGAAAAAUACAAUCAGUCGCAUGCAGAACUGUGCCCUCAAAAUAGCGUAAGAAGUCAAUAAAAAAGUCGAGGUUCCGUGCUAAUCUCGAGAUUUCUGAAAAAUUAUGGGUCAAAAAAAGGAUCACAAGGGCUCCAAUUCUGAGGGGAAUCCAAAAAAUUGUUUUGCAUUUUUUGGGUGAAGUGUUUCACUGGGGCAAAAAAAUCGCUGAAUAGGGCCAAGUUAAACUACAAGUACUCAAGUAAUUUUGUUACUUGAGGAUAAAAAAGGUUUCAAUUCUGGAGAAAAUUAAAAAAAAAUAUUUUGCAAUUUUUAGGUCAUGUGUUUCCCUCGGGCAAAAAGAUCGGUGAAUUGGACCAAAUUAGGAUAAACUUGAAAUAUUAUACAGUGAGUAACAAGAACCAAUGGUCAAAAUUGCUUCUGUAUGCAUCCGCGAGGCAUUCCAAAUACUACGGAAUGCUUCCAUCUCCGACCGAAAAUAGCGUUCUUCUGAAGAAAGAGCGGAAAAGUUGCCCUUUUGGAAAGAAUAGAGCAUUCAGCUCACCGAAAUGUUUCUUCUCUUUUCUUUUCAAAAGGGCAACUUUCUCGUUAUCUCUUCAAAAGAAGGCUAUUUUCGGUCGCAGAGGGAAGCCUUCCGUAGUAUUUGCAGUGGCUCCCGGAUGCAUUCGUAAGCACUUUUGAUCAUUGGUUCUUGUCCCUCACUGUAUAAUAUUUCAAGUUUAUCCUAAUUUGGUCCAAUUCACCGAGUUUUUUUGCCCGAGGGAAACACAUGACCUAAAAAUUGCAAAAUAUUUUUUUUUAAUUUUCUCCAGAAUUGAAACCUUUUUUAUCCUCAAGUAACAAAAUUUUAACCUAGAAAUCGCUCCAAACACUGAUUUUUUAGAAGAAGAAGCCCUUUUAUUGCCAACUCCAAGUUAAAAAUGAGGUGUUUUGGAAUCACAACUUGGACCAAUCCCUUCUGGCCGUGUGCUCUCCUUGCUCACAUGACGAUGGUCACGUGGUCAAUAAAAUGAUCAAGGCUCCGAGUACUCAGUUUUUCCUACCUAGUCACGGACAUGUGGAGUUCAAAAUUCGAAGAAAAGGUAAUUUGAUAAAAAAAAAUCAUGGAAAAAAUUUAAAAAAUCACGUAGAGUUUCUCAAGUAUAACUGAAAUUUUUUCUCGGAGGUUUCUAGCGCUUCAAAAUUUAAAAAAAAAUGGAUUUCCCGCCAAUUUUGGCGUCCCUUCUGUUUCAGGUGAGUUUUUGGCCCGUUUUUUUGUGAAACUUGGCAAAUAUGUAUUAGGUUGAUGCAAAAGGAAUUGCGGAUUUUUUAAUUUAUUCGUAUUUUUUUAUAGGAUAGCUCAAUUCAAAAAUGGAAAAAGGUAUAUAGUAGUAAAUUUUAAGAGGAUUUUUCUGUAUAUGUGCUAUUCUUAUAAAAGUUAUCAAACGUUACCAUAAGUUACCACGAAAGUACCCUAAACAUGUUAGUAUAUUUUAAACCAAUUUUUUUAGAUAUUGUUUUGCGGCUUUAUCCAUUUUUGAAAAUAUUUUGAUAAAAUACGUUAUAUUCUAUCAAAAAACAAAAAAACCCCCAUUUUUGGCAAAGCGUUAAAACGCUAUCCCAAAAAUUCAAAUUUCAGCAAAUUUUACAAAUCGUGUCAUAUCUUUUUUUAAAUAAGUCCAAAAUAAAAAAUUCUUUUUGCUUUCGAUUAGUAACAACAUUUUUAAGAUGUUUGUGACAAAAAACAUCAAAAUCAAAAAAAUUUAUUUUUUUGACAUUUUUUGACCAAAAAAUAAAAUUCAAGAUUUUGAUGUCGUUUUUUCACGAAAGCCUUAAAAAUGUUGUUACUAAUCGAAAGCAAAAAGAAUUUUUUAUUUUGGACUUAUUAAAAAAAUAUAUGACACGAUUUGUAAAAUUUGCUGAAAUUUGAAUUUUUGGGAUAGCGUUUUAACGCUUUGCCAAAAAUGGGGGUUUUUUUUGUUUUUUAAUAGAAUAUAACGUAUUUUAUCAAAAUAUUUUCAAAAAUGGAUAAAGCCGCAAAAAAAUAUGUAAAAAAAUUGGUUUAAAAUGUACUAACAUGUUUAGGGUACCUUCGUGGUAACUUAUGGUAACGUUUGAUAACUUUUAUAAGAAUAGCACAUAUACAGAAAAAUCCUCUUAAAAUUUACUACUAUAUACCUUUUUCCAUUUUUGAAUUGAGCUAUCCUAUAAAAAAAUACGAAUAAAUUAAAAAAUCCGCAAUUCCUUUUGCAUCAACCUAAUAUGUAGAACACAAUUUCAAGGGGCUUAGAAAAAAUUUUUUUUUUUAUUUUUCCGGACUUUGAAUCAUGAAAGUUUUAAAAUUUUUUAGACGAGGACGGUCACGUCUUUCCGGUCCGCGACGCCAAAGACGAGCUUUUGCUGGAGACGACGCAGAGCGUUGAUGGUUUAUCUGAACAAAAACUAUUUGGCAUUAUUCUACGUUUGCAGAUUGGCGAAGAAAAAGACGGUUCUUUCCCAAUGAAUUUAAGUUUCUCGACUUUUUUUCGAGACAUAAAUGACAACGUUCAAUCUGAUUAUUUGGAACGAGAACCUCGUGUGGUUACGGUAGGUUUAUUCGCAAUAAUUUGUGAUUUUUGUUUGAUUUUUCGGAAUUUUUAGUGUUUUUUUAUUGCAUUGUGGGUGUAAAGUUUUUAAAAAAUUAGAUUCUAAAAAUAAAAAAAAAAAAAAAUGGCGAAUUUUGCAAAUUGUAAAUUGUAUACCUAUUUCUAAUGUAGAGGGUACUUUUUCCACAAAAAAAAAAAAAUAAUUUUUUCCACCCAAAAACUGGCAAAGAUUUGGCCAAAUUUUUUUUUCUCUUUUUUUCAGGCUCAUAGAACUUACUGCACGUUUAACCCGAUUCCGAUGAUGUGGGUGCCACGCCAAGCUUCGGAGGACGCUUUCUUCACGGAAGAGGAUGAACGCGUUCGACUGCAGAACGAUAUCGGCACCUUCUUGUUGUAUUGCAAGUAUGCGCUCGUCAACGUGAAGGAUCAGAUAGAGGAGCAUUCGCUGUGCGGACGGAUUUAUUUUACCAAUGGGUCGACUGGAGGAGUUAUUGGUAAGAAUGAAGAGGGAUGGGUCAAGUUUUCCUCGGAUUGGGCCAAGAGGUUCCCUCUUUGCGCCAAGGGGUUUUCUCGCUGUUUUUUAUCAUUUGGGUGAAGUAUUUGUCUUGAUUUUCAGGAGGGUCAUGUCUUCUCCUGUCCUGAUCGUGGCUUUUUUAAACGAGACAAGUUUUUCUCUUUGUGGAUCAAGUCUUUCUUUGUCUGGGUCAAGUCUUUCUUUGUCUGGGUCAAGUCUUUCUCUGUCUGGGUCAAACCUUUCUCUGUUUGGGUCAAGUCUUUCUGUCUUGGUUAAGUCUUUCUCUGUCUUGGUCAAGUCUUUCUCUGUCUGGGUCAAGUCUUUCUCUGUCUUGGUCAAGUCUUUCUCUGUCUGGGUCAAGUCUUUCUCUGUCUUGGUCAAGUCUUUUUGUCUUGGUCAAGUCUUUCUCUGUCUUGGUCAAGUCUUUCUCUGUCUGGGUCAAGUCUUUCUCUGUCUGGGUCAAGUCUUUCUGUCUUGGUCAAGUCUUUCUCUGUCUUGGUCAAGUCUUUCUGUCUUGGUCAAGUCUUUCUCUGUCUGGGUCAAGUCUUUCUGUCUUGGUCAAGUCUUUCUCUGUCUUGGUCAAGUCUUUCUGUUUGGUCAAGUCUUUCUCUGUCUGGGUCAAGUCUUUCUGUCUUGGUCAAGUCUUUCUCUGUCUUGGUCAAGUCUUUCUCUGUCUGGGUCAAGUCUUUCUGUCUUGGUCAAGUCUUUCUCUGUCUUGGUCAAGUCUUUCUCUGUCUUGGUCAAGUCUUUCUCUGUCUGGGUCAAGUCUUUCUUAAUUUUUGUAGAUGGGUCAUGUCUUCUGCUGGGCUGGUCGUGGGUUUCCUUGGAUGGGACAAGUCUUUCUCAGCCUGAGUCAAGUCUUUUACCUGAGAGAGUUUUAAUGAGCCAUUUUCAUAUUUCAGAUGACAUUAACGGCGCUCGUGCUCUUGGUAGAUCGGCAGAUGUGAGCUUACUGUUGGACCGGUGUAACCUGGAGGUGAUUGGAAUGUGGCAUUCGGAGAACCUUCGGGAUGAGGGUAAACUCGACUUCUUGAGCAAACCUGCUACAAUGAUUGUGUGCUUGUGCCAGCCGAGCGAGUCGAAGCCCCAAUGCGACGACGACUUCAAAAUGAAACAACUGGACGAAGCGACUAUGGCAAAUAUAUCGGUAGGUAUUCAUGGCAGAGGGGAAGACUUGACUCAUAAGUGAAAUUUGUUCGAUGAGUAAGAGAUUUCACUCAUAGGCUAAACUUGACCCGCCAGAGGAACACUUGAUACAUGGGGAUAAUAUUUUCCCUAGUAAACAAAUCCGCGUUUUUUAGAGAGAUAGGCUUUAUCCAUGAAAGUAAAAUUUUCGGUGUUGGAUGGCUUAGCGACCCUAUUACCUUGAGGGAGAGACUUGACCCCGAAGAGAGAAAGGCUAAACCUAUGAGGGAAACACUUGACCCAUAUCAGAGGAAGGGUUGCAAGUAGUAUUAACUACACAUGUUUUUUUGCUGGUUAUGGUUUAAUGAGAGCUUUGAGUCAAGUGUUUCUCUCAUAUGUCGAGUGUUACCCUGUCAGUCUAAAGCAAACUGUAGCUAUUUUUUGACUUCGUUUUAAGAAUCCACAGUUUAUACAGGCGAUCUUCGGAUGAGUCAAGUCUCGCUCUCAAUGUUUUGUUCAGAUGGGUCAAGUCUCUCUCCCAAAUCGAAAAUUCACAGUUAUGUUCAUGUACUUUUUUCAUUUUCAGCGGACCGUAUGCAAAAUGGGACUGCUGAACCACUCGACAACGGUAAGCGGCUCCUUUGGAUUUUGCACGCUAUCGCCAACGAAUUACUCGGCAAAACAUUCCGUUGAAGAAAAAGAAUGCAUGAAUUUAAACCCCGGCGCUCGCGCCGCGUACGAAAUUAGGUGAGUUUGCAAAAAAUCCAAAAAAUCGAGUAUAAUUUUUUUUUCAGGGAAGGCAAAUGCUAUUUCUGCUGCUUGGCCGACACAUCCAAACCAUGCAAUGCGGGGUUCGUGCACGACGGAGAGUUUCGAGGCAUUUAUUAUGAGUGCCUGUUUACGAGCAGGUUCGGAUUCGGCGAUCAAAAGAACCCGAAUGUCUAUGUAGGUUUUUCGGAGAGCUUUGGGAGGAAUUGAGGUUGUUUUGUCAGGCAAAUGAAGGUUGUCGGUGUUUUUAGCAUCUCCCGGAACAACUACCGUUUGCCGAAGAAAUACAAUUGCCGCGCGGCGAUAUGAUGGAUUCCAACUUUAGGUUCGAGAAAUUGAUGGCGUAUUUUCAAAUCGAUUUGUCGUCCAUGUCAUUGAAAAAGAUUGGUGAGUCCAAGGGCAGCAUCUGGGGAAUACUUGACUCAUUAGGGAAACGUUUGACCCGUCGAGGAAACACUUGACUCAAGUGGGGGAAGACUUGACACAUAAUGACCGAAAUUUGGUGUGGCAAGGGGAGACUUGACCCGUAGUGAUAAAAAAAGUCAAAUUUAGUGUAGCAGGGGGAGACAUGACUCAAAAAGCAAGACUUCACACUUAGUGACCAAACUUUAAUGUAGCAGGGGGAGACUUGACCCGUAGUGAUAAAGCAAGUCUUGACACCUAACGGUAAAAGAUGACACGUAACGGAUGACGAAUAAACUUGACCCAAACAGGGAAAUUUAUCGAAGGAGGCGUCAUCAACUAACAUGGGGAAGACUUGACUCAUAGAGGGAAACAUGACACAUGAGAGAGGAACACUUGACACGUCAGAGUUACGGAGAAGUGAAAUAAUAGGAAAUUUACGUAUAAAACGAGAAUAUGUGAUUUGUUCUUCUUUUUCAGCCACCAUCAACCCGGUAGCACACGCCUACUUUCACCGUGUCGGCGUCUUUCCGACAUUUUAUAGAAUGUCCAGGGAUUCGCUGAUCUUCAACAAAAAACAGCUGGCGUAUUGCGACCUGUCGCUGUGGACGGCGGCGGACCUGGCGAUGGGCUGCCGGUGUUAUGGAGUGGGCAUAAACCAGCUGAGUUGCUGCUGCAUGAACAGCUCCAUGAAUCCGGCCCUGUCCCUGAUCACACACGAAUUUAUCGCUCAUAACCACCGGUUUCGACUCGAUGCUUCGCCAAAUCAUUGGAGCUACCGAGAGCACUUCAUUGUAAAUCGAACUGUGAUUAUGGAGGAAUAA